UCUAGUGUGUUGGUUUCAUAUUUUUAUUCACUUUUUAAUGUGCGGAAAAAGUCAGUCAGUAACCCAAAUUAUGUAAAGCUGCUCUGCUGCAUGAUAAUUCACAUCACAUUUUCUGAAGUACUUGUGCGUGCCAGUCCCUCAUCAAUCUUUAUAUGUCUUAUUAAAAGAAACAUAAAGCACUUAAAUCUUAAAGCGAUAUCUCGUCUCCCGAUCUUACAGAUGUUUGGUGGCUGGUAGAUUUGAUCAGUGUUUGAUAAUGUGAUAAGCAUCUGUUUUGCUUUUUUUUUUAUUAUUUUUUUUUUAUUUGAAGUUCUGGGUACAUGCCACGCACGUAUGAGCUCGCAGACUUCACAUCCAAGCUCCGAAGUAGUACAAGCACAGCCGUGUCGAUCCGGAUCUUUAUCCUCCCACAAGAAACACGGACACGGUCUUCAUUGGUGCUCCUGAAUCCUGCGGAGCGGUGGAGCUAUCGGGUGUCAAUCAGGCAGAGAGAGAGAGAGAGAGAGAGAGAGAGAGAGAGAGAGAGAGAUGCAUGGGAUGCUGAUGUCUGAUCCUCACUGAGAGGAUGCUAUCGAUCAGGCUUGCAGAUGCUUCCCCAUCCAGUUUGAUCAACAUGCUGAUGUGCGCAAUUAGACCUUUCCUGCUCCUCGUUGGCUAAUUGGAGAAGGUGGGUGUUACCAAAUCCUUGAAGUUUAGUGUCCAGUGUGUUGACUCUUCCUCUGCAGAUGAAUGCAUGAGUUGCCACAGCCUUUCUGUUGAUGCAGUGACUUAUUCUCCUUCCAUGUGUGCAGGUAAUGUGAGCAGCAGCGGAUGCACACUGCACGGGAAAGCCGAGACAUCAAUGCAGAACCCCUCAGCGCUGUUCGGGAUGGUCAGUCACUGUCAGACCUCGACUUUCACAGACUUCACCGGCUUGUCGCUCGCCGCGUACGGCAGCAAAGCGGACAUCUGUACGCGGCGAGCCGGGAUCGGUGGUUAUGGAUCUCAGAUUUGCCGGAGCUCCCACGACACCCCGACUCACAUGAACUGCGCCAGCCCGAAGAGACUGUGCGCGUCCGAGGAAAAGGCGCAUCUGUCAGCCAAAGCUCCGCGCUCCUGCCUCCCUCUCCCACCCGUGCAAGUGAAUGGUGCCUACUGCUCAGAGAAGGAUGUAGAAGCUGAGCUGGGUGACGCUGAGGGUGCCCUGAUGCGAUGUGGGCAGAGCUUGCCGCUGCUGGUAGAGGGUCAUUUAGGGGGGCUUUAUACCCAGAGCCUCCAUUGUGACAGACCUACAGCUGACCUCCUUCUGCAGGACAACCCUCACCAAGAUUCAAGAUCCUCCUCCGGCUUCCAGAGGACCCUGCCGGGGGCCUCACCCGGCCUGGGCUGCGGCAGUGCCAACAGGUCUCACUCCUCUCUCCCUUACCCAAUCAAACAAGAGAACUCAAUGGGUUACAAGAUCUCCAACACGGCGUCUGAGGUCCAUAGUACGUUUCAGAACUGUAGGGCAGGCCAGGUUUUGGGGGUCGAGAUAGUUGGAGCGCCGCACAUUAGCAACAACGGUAGUGGCGUAUGCACAGUGAGCUGUGUAGGUACUGCUGUGUCAGGGGACGCAGUGCAACCGUUUAAUAAUGAAGACGGCUCCUCCCCGUUGGCUUUGUCCCCAACCAGCUCCCGUCAUUCAGCGCGGCUGCUCAGUGCUAGCAGUCUGAAGAGACGCUGCCUGUCCCUGGCCUCACAGUCCACCGCCGCUGCUGGCAGCGUUGCUGCCACAGGUUCCCCAUCAGCUACUGGCGCUGCUUCCGAGGAGAUCAAUAUCACCGCCAUCAUCUGCUCUUCCUCCCAGAUGUCGAUGGUUGCCUGCGUCAACGGGUUCCGCACUAACCUUUCGCCCAGCCACACCAGCAGUGCCGGCUUCUCCUCCUCUUCCUCCUCCUCUUCUACUUCCCCACCCUCUAACUCCUGCUCACGGGAAGCCACCCAGAGGCCCCCACCUCACGGUAGCCCCCAGCAGGCCACGCUACAGGAGAGCUGUCAGCUAUCCUCACCUGCCACCUGCCUGCUGUCCCUUUCCUCCUCCUCCUCCUCCUCGUCCACCUCUUCAGUGUCAUCAGUGGAGCCGGAGCAGGGCCAGGGGCAGAGCCAGGGGCUGUGUGAGGAGCAGGGCUCCAUGCUGCAGGGGCGUGGGGCUGGAGGAGCAGCUGGGGGAGGUGUGGGAGGAGGAGGUGGCGGCUCAGACGGGUUGGGGUUAUUGAUGAGUGGGGGCAUGAUGUCUGGGAUGCUGCAUCCGGGGCCUGAAGCUGGGGCUCUCCUGGACGGGGGCCAAAGAUCAGGGGCUACCCUCAAGCAGGAGCCCCUGGAUGAUUUUUCUCCCAGUGAAGACGAACUCUUUCAGCACCACUAUCAUCAUCACCAUCACUUAAGUGGCCGUAGCGGGCACCUUCGUCACCCUCACCACCCCUCUCGCCCUGCUAUGCCUCCGCCCUACCACCUGCACCAAUACGUGGGUCCCAGUCCUGGGGGCCUGCUGCACCACCAGAGCCAGCAAACAGCACCAACCUCUUCCCUGGGACUCAAACCGACCUCUGGAGGCCCUCCUGGGUCUCACACAGCACCAGAGCGGGAAGAAGUCGGAGGAGGAGCGCUGGCCGAUAAGCAGGUGUGUCGCUGGAUUGACUGCAGCGCUGCGUACGAGCAACAGGAGGAGCUUGUGAGGCACAUUGAAAAGGUCCACAUUGACCAGCGCAAAGGUGAGGACUUCACCUGUUUCUGGGCUGGCUGCAUUCGGCGCUACAAGCCCUUCAACGCUCGCUACAAGCUGCUCAUUCACAUGAGAGUGCACUCCGGAGAGAAACCUAACAAGUGUAUGUUCGAGGGCUGCAACAAAGCCUUUUCACGUCUGGAGAACCUGAAGAUCCACCUGAGGAGCCACACAGGAGAGAAGCCAUACCUGUGCCAGCACCCCGGCUGCCAGAAAGCCUUCAGCAACUCCAGUGACCGCGCCAAGCAUCAGCGCACUCACCUGGACACGAAACCAUAUGCAUGUCAGAUCCCCGGCUGUACCAAGCGCUACACAGAUCCCAGCUCCCUACGCAAACAUGUCAAGAUACACUCGGCCAAAGAGCAACAGGUGCGUAGAAAGCUUCGGCCAUGUCCUCACCUGGAGCAGGACAUCCUGAGUGACUGUCUGUCCAUGCAGCAUCUCCAGAGCUCCACCUCCUCGCAGCACCUCUACAAUGGCAAAGAUGGACGUUCACCUGGACUGGGCCAGGACAUUUUUACAGGCCUGUACACUGGCUCCAGCACCCCCCAUCACAGCGCCUCAGUUGAGCUCCUCUCUCCUACACCCAACCCCACCUCCACCACGGACCUACCUUCCCGACAACACCGACUGGAUCGGGACCUCGGCAGCCCUCACCACCUGUCCCCGCUGGCUGCUAUGGACGGCACAAGAGAAGGGGUGUCGGGUCCCCUGAUGUCCCCAGGGAUGAAGGGAACGGGGACGCCUCCUCCUCCUCCUCCUCCGCCUCCUCCUCCUCUGGAGAAACAGCAUGUCCACCCUCACCACAAACCCUACUCUCACUAUCACCACCAUCAGUCUGCCAACGACGAAUACCAAGGCAGCUUUCAGAGCUGCUUCCAUUUCGGAGACUCCUACAGGAUGGAGCAGACCGUCGGUGGCGUCCACGUCCCAGGAGAUUCUCACGCCUACACUUCCCAUCAGCACAAUGGCUUCCACAUGUCGACUAGCAACACUGGCACAGCAGGCUUCAGCUUGAACCAGGAGCUGCAAGAUGGCACAGGGUGCCAGUUCUCUUCCAGCCCAGAGGAGAGCAUUUUCUACCAGGUGGGCAGUUUCGACCGCAGCCUGAGCCACAUGCCCUCCGUCUACACAGAGACAUAGAGCAACACUGGAGCAUGGCACGCUUCACCACACUUACUCUACAGUCCAACUCUUUCCACACCCAUCUUAUCACACUUGGAUCACGUCUUCUUUACUUCUUCUUCUGUACUUUUUUUCCCCUUAUAAGAUAUGGGUCACAUAGAAAAUCACAAUAAUGAUAAGAGCUUAUUCUGACCAACUUUUCUGCCAGAUGGAUGUUAAACCGGCAAGAUUAUUUACCUGACACACUAUCUGAAUGGUCAAGAACAGUGGUUCCCACACUUUUUGGUUUGAGACCCCCCCCCCCCUUUAAACGAGGAUGUCUCACCACCGGUCUUUGAGGUGGUAGCAGCAGCAGCAGCAGCAGAGGUGACGAAGAGGUGACGAAUAGUUGUAGUCAUGUCGGACAGUUUCCAGCAGCCUUCAAAGAACAUACAGGAAGUCGCAGAACUAUUCACAUCCUGUUAGAUCCAUCUGUGGGCUACCUGCAGUUUGCAGACCUCUUGGCUAUGUAAAUAAACUUGAUUGUACUAUUAUUAUCAGUUUUAUCAACCACACAAGAUGUUUUUUUAAAAGACUAAACCUUAAGGUUCACAGUGUUAAAUAUUUCACUGAUAUUACACAUAAAAUCAGGAUUUGCUCUAAAAUGUGGUCUGGUCAAAACUAUCCCAUCAUACCCUGGGUCUUGCAGUCGCUGGAUAUCAGAGCAUGUCAGACACAAAUUUAACCAGCAUGCAUUGUUUGGUGAGCUCUUAUAUAUAUUUUAAAAGGGACACAAACUUGGAGUGGAGUUUAAAAUAUCUGUGCAUGCAGGGUGUAAGGAUAGCCAAUUAGUUGCAUUGUGGGAAUUAUAGGCGCCAGUAUUUUUGGGGCUUUGUGACCAUUCUGUUUUUAAUCUCUCCACCUUGACGAAAGUGCAAUGCUGUAUCCCUGAAAGACCCCUUUAAUUGUCUUGUAACUCUGUGUGGGGGUCACAAACCCAAAGUUGGGAACCACUGAGUUAGACGGGCUUUCAAUACUCAAGAGAUCAAACAACACUAUGAAAUUCUGCUCUUUUUUUAUGUUGCUCUUUUUACUCAUUUUGCAUGAAGGAAAAAAAUACAAAGAAGUCUCCUUUUCUUAUUAUUAAAGUUGCUGAAAGCUGAAGAUUUUACUCAUUUUCUAAAACACAUGGCCUUCAGUCGUUAAAAGAUCCAUACGCUUUAUUUCAGAAUGACAUUUAUUGGCCAAGAACUCAUCAUGUACAAAGACUCUGACUGGCGCUAUGACACUUACAGUCCAAUCAGAUCAAGCUUUAUAGGAGCAGGUUUGCAGUCAGGUGGGUGAGUGGUUCAAAAUGUAAUGUGAUCCUAAUCAAAUCUUUUCAGAUUGAACAAAUAUCUCCUAAAAGUCUGCGAUCGUUUUGCUCCGUGUGCGCGCCGGAGAAAACAUCUAGUGUUUGUACACAGCCGUGGCUUUGUAAAUGGGGAAACAAACAAAGUGGAUCAGACGGAGCCUCACAACACUAACUUGUUAUUCCAGCCGCUCAGGUCGUGAUUUGUGUGUCAGAUAACAUUAAAUGACCUUCCCACAGACAUUCAGCAAACAUUUCUAGUUUCCAGAUAUGCUGCUGUUGUGACGUUACAUAUGAAAGCAGGAGUGUGUUGGCUUUGGAAAACCGAUCAUCCUCUAUGCAUGUUAACCACGCAGCACCAACUGUAGCAACAGUUUGCAAACCCGCAGCAGAGGCAAUGUUAGUUACAUUACUUGCUGUGUCGUCGUUCGAACUGUAGCUUGGUCUUCAAACAGUACAAAUCCUUCAAUGGAAAGCCCUCUCCCUCCUCUUUAUGUUUUUUUCUCUUUAAUCUACAUCUUUCAAUCUAUUUUAGACUGAAAUGUAGAAAAGAAUAUAUAAUUUUGCCGUGUUUGUUUUAACAGUGGAAAAAAAAA